AUGAAUAUUAAAAUAUAUCAGGUGGAUGCCUUUACUGAUCAAUUAUUUGGAGGUAACCCAGCAGCGGUGUGCCCACUAGACAAAUGGUUAUCAGAUUCAUUGAUGCAACAAAUUGCUGUUGAAAAUAAUCUUGCUGAAACGGCCUUUUAUGUGCCAAAUUCUAUCAAUGACGGUUAUGAACUACGUUGGUUUACACCUGAAUACGAAAUAGAUCUUUGUGGUCAUGCAACAUUGGCGACUGCACAUAUCAUUUUCACUGAAAUGUCUCCAACAAAUGAAGAAAUCAAGUUUGAAACCAAGGAAGCGGGAGAACUUACAGUUACCCGCCACAAGGAGAAUUCUUUAUAUACUCUUAAUUUUCCAGCCCGUCCGACAACAAAGGCUGAUUUGCCUGAUGGUCUGUUGCAAGCGUUACGUAGUGUUAAAACUCCUAUCGGAGUUUAUAAAGCGAGAGACUAUAUGCUUGUUUAUGAAAACGAGUCUGAUGUCCAACAGUUGUCACCAGAUUAUACGGCUUUAGCUAAAAUUAAUGAUGUUUUUGGUGUGAUUGCUACUGCUCCUGGUGAUGAAGUCGAUUUUGUUUCGCGAUACUUUAAUCCGGGUGCCAGCAUUCCUGAAGAUCCCGUUACUGGUUCAACACAUUGCAAUCUAAUCCCUUAUUGGUCUGAACGAUUGCGUAAAACUAAACUGCACACUUACCAGAUUUCGGUGCGUAAAGGAGAACUUUGGUGCGAAAACAAAGGCGACAGAGUACUGAUAUCGGGCAAAGCAGUCACCUAUUUGAAAGGUGAAAUAAAUAUUUGA